CCUCCGAACCCGCGGGGCUUGGGACUGCAGGCUGCCUGAGCACAGAAGUCUGAUCCAGAAAGCUCCAUUCCGCGACUGAAAAACCAAGAGCAGCCUUCGCGGAGGGCACACGCGACCGCCGGCGCUCCCACGCGGGUCAGAGCAGAACUGCGCCCACCAGGCUGAAGGGGUCGCUGCUGCUCCAGACCUUGGACGCCAGCCGCCACAGAAGGUGCCCAGCACCAUGGACGGCCAGCCUCUGGUGGUCUCCAAACAGCAGAGUGAGGUGCUGCGUGGGGUCCCCACCCAGGUGGUGUGCACCGCCUUCAGCAGCCACAUCCUGGUGGUGGUGACUCAGUUUGGGAAGAUGGGGACCCUGGUGUCCCUGGAGCCCAGUGAGGUGGCCAGUGACAUCAGCAAGCCCAUGCUUACCACCAGAGUGCUUCUUGGGCAGGAUGAGCCUCUCGUCCAUGUCUUUGCCAAGAACCUGGUGACGUUCGUGUCUCAAGAAGCCGGGAACCGCGCCGUCCUCCUGGCUUUGGCUGUAAAGGACCGGAGCAUGGAGGGCAUGAAGGCCCUGCGGGAGGUCAUCCGGAUGUGCCAGGUGUGGUGAGGGGCCACCACUGCCUGACAGGACCCAGAUCAGGCCCAGGCCCCUGGACACGUGAAGACCCCUCCCUCUGCAGUCAGAGCAGGGACCGCCUCGGAAGAUGCCCGUGGGCCCAACCAGCAUUCUCGGCAGCUCCGCUCUGCAUUCCCUGGGGAGGGGCUCCGCUCUACAUGUUCUCACCAGGGUCCAAGUUGUCACAUAAGAGAAUGAAAGGACUGGUCAGGUAUGACCUACAGUGCCAGUCAUGGGAGGAAACUUUUUUAUCAAAAAUAAAUGUAUCUUCCAAAGUA